AUCUGUCAAAAUAUGUGAAAUAGGUUAAGUUCCAACGUAACCGUCGUAACGGAAGUAUCGUUUCUCGGUCUUCUUCAAUCGACAACAUAAUUUUUAGAUUUUAUGCAAAGCAUAGCGUAUGUUUUGCUACAGUGGUCUUUGUAUCUGCGUUCUGACAUAGACUGGCGCUUUUGCCAUAAUAUUCUUUAUAUAUUCUUUUGACUUAGACUGGCGUAUGGACUAGUUAGUUUCGGUCCAAAGAGCCAUACUUGCACCAACCUAUGUGAAAUAGGUUGUUUUUUUUGCUUUACACAUUGUCUUUGUUUCACAUCACAAACAUGUUGCGGAUAUUCAGUGCUACGAGUCCCAAAAAUCUCGCCAGCUGCCACUUACACCUAGCGUGUGCACGAGCUUCAACGGAAAGUGAUAAAGGAUUUUCGGAGAAGUUGGCUGAUGGUCCGCAGUUUGAAGACUUUCUACAGAACAACGUUAAAGAAUACAACAGGAAAUUAAAGUUAGAAAAGGGUGAGUCAGGACGACUAAGACUACCACCAUGGCUGAAAACCGAGAUACCUAUAGGCAAAAGCUACAGCAGAAUAAAAGAGCAAUUAAGACAGUUACGAUUGAGCACGGUCUGCGAAGAAGCCAAAUGUCCUAACAUUGGAGAAUGCUGGGGCGGUGGCACUCAUGGCACAGCAACUGCUACUAUUAUGUUAAUGGGAGACACCUGUACUAGAGGAUGUCGGUUCUGUUCAGUCAAAACUGCACGCACACCACCUCCCUUAAAUGCUGAAGAGCCAGUUAAUACCGCUAGCGCAAUAGCAGAUUGGGGCUUGGACUAUGUUGUACUAACUUCUGUAGAUCGCGAUGAUUUGAAAGACGGCGGAGCCAGUCAUAUUGCAGCUACUGUUAAAGAAAUAAAAAAGAAGAGCAACAUACUGGUGGAAUGCCUCGUACCUGACUUUAGAGGAGAUGAAGAUUGCGUCGCUACGAUCGUGAACUCCAAUCUGGACGUAUUCGCACACAAUAUCGAAACUGUAGAGCGUCUCACUCCCUUUGUUCGAGAUAGACGCGCUCGAUAUAGACAAUCACUGGCAGUGUUAAAGGCGGCUAAGAAAUUCAAUCCCGACUUGAUCACGAAAUCGUCCAUAAUGUUAGGUUUGGGCGAGACCGAGGAAGAAAUCGAACAGACUAUGCGAGAUCUGAGAGAGAUCGGUGUGGAUGCUCUAACGUUGGGCCAGUACAUGCAGCCCACCAAGAGGCAUUUAAAGGUCAUCGAGUACGUCACGCCCGAAAAAUUCAAAAUUUGGGAAAAUGUGGGAAACGAAAUGGGUUUCUUGUAUACCGCUAGCGGUCCUUUAGUACGAUCGUCAUACAAAGCCGGAGAGUAUUUUCUGACGAACAUAUUGAAACAACGAAGGAAGCAACAAAUCGACGAUUCUGUGGCGUAAAAAAAAAAAAAAAAAAAAGC